UACAGCAUGCUGCACGGGAGCAGCGGAAAAAGUGCUAACAGCGUGGGCGACAGCAGCACACGGUCCGGUCCGUACUUCGACCUGUCCGCUUCGAAAAACGUGACCGCCCUCGUUGGUAAGACCACGUACCUGAAUUGUCGCGUGAAGAACGUCGAAAACAAGACGGUCACGUUACAAGUGUCCUGGAUACGACACCGGGACACUCAUCUGCUCACCGUCGGUCGUUACACGUACACGAACGACCAACGAUUUCGAGUGGUCCACAAUGAGCACACGAACGACUGGACGCUACAGAUCAAGUAUCCGCAGAUUCGGGACAGCGGCUGCUACGAAUGCCAGGUGUCCACCGCGUCGCCUAUCAGCCAUAUCGUCUUUCUGGACGUGAUCGAACCGAAAACGAAAAUCCUGGGCGCGCCAGACCUGUUCAUUAAUCGAGGAAGCACUAUAAACCUCACGUGCAUAGUCUGGCAGAGUCCAGAACCUCCAGCUUAUAUAUUCUGGAAUCACAAUGACGCCAUAAUCAGCUACGACUCGAUCAGAGGCGGCGUAUCCGUGGUCACGGAGAAGGGCGACAGCACCACGAGUUUCCUGCUUGUGCAGGAAGCGAAACUAUCCGACUCGGGACGGUACACAUGUAAUCCUAGUAAUGCUCAAGCGCAAUCGAUCACCGUGCACGUACUCAAUGGAGAGUAUCCCGCGGCAAUGCAGCACGGCGGUCAAGCCAAACAACCGAGGCUCUACUCCCUCCUUCUCUGUCUGUGUCUGCUACUCUACUAACUGGUAUCAUCAUCCCCCGGCAUACUAAGGCCAUCCCCCACCUCCUAACUUCCGACGACGAUAAACAAGGGGCGGUCCAUCGUGGAAUCUGCCGGUCUGUGAGGAGGCAGGACACCAAAAGGUGCGCUAAUGAGGGGCGUACGCGGGUUCGUGCGACCGGAAAUCACGGUGUUGGUGCAGUGACACAAGGUGUGGAACCGUCGACGGUGCGAGUGUUCGUGUGGACGGACUUAAAAAAAGAAGAAAAAAAAACAAACGAAAAAAAAAACGCCGCAGGACAAGAAACAGACAGUGUGUGUAUUGUUUCCACGACGGUCGACGUUUUCUGAACCGAACCGAACCGA